GGGCUAGGAACCCCAGAAGCCGGGAACGACCGCCGCCUUCCGCACUCCCUAGCGACCCUCGCCCCACGACCCGCGGGCGCCCCUGCCCCUCUCCCGAGUGUUACCGGCCCCUCCCUCGCUUCCCCGCCCCGCGAACUCGGGAGAUCAUGUCGAACAUGGAGAAACACUUAUUUAACUUGAGGUUUGCUGCAAAAGAACUUAAUAGGAAUGCCAAGAAAUGUGAUAAAGAAGAAAAAGCUGAAAAGGCCAAGAUAAAAAAGGCCAUUCAGAAAGGCAAUACAGAAGUUGCAAGAAUACAUGCUGAAAAUGCAAUCCGUCAGAAAAACCAAGCAAUCAAUUUCUUGAGAAUGAGUGCUAGGGUUGAUGCUGUGGCAGCCAGAGUUCAAACUGCAGUAACAAUGGGCAAGGUGACAAAGUCCAUGGCAGGUGUAGUUAAGUCUAUGGAUGCUACAUUGAGGAGUAUGAACCUUGAAAAGAUUUCUGCCUUAAUGGACAAAUUUGAACACCAGUUUGAAACAUUGGAUGUUCAAACACAGCAAAUGGAAGAUACAAUGAGUAGCACUACAACCCUAACAACACCACAGAACCAAGUGGAUAUGCUGCUUCAGGAAAUGGCUGAUGAAGCAGGCCUUGAUCUCAAUAUGGAGCUCCCACAGGGUCAGACAGGGUCUGUUGGUGCAAGUGUUGCUUCCACGGAGCAGGAUGAACUGUCACAGAGGCUUGCUCGUCUGCGUGAUCAAGUGUAACUUAAAUAACUGGUGCUUCUGUUUCCUCCAUGUGUGUCUGAAACAUCCUUUGUGUGUAUGUACAUAUAUAUGUAUAUAUAUAUUAUAAAGUUGCACUCUAGUUAGAAAAACACCAUACAUGCCAGAAUGUUUGAACAUUAUUUAUAUACGAUGCUUUCUUUUUGCCUUGUUUAUUUUGCAGUGCAUUAAGAAAUUCCAGGGAAUUUCCACAUUGGCAGAUUUAUAGUUCUGUAUAUUAUAUGUAAAAGUGUGAGGGACAUAUUUUUGUAGAUGUCUUUGACAAAGCUAGCAUUACUUUUCUGUAAUACAUCUUCCUCAAAUAUUAGAGCAAACAUCUAGCACCAAAGUACUAAGUAAAGUCAUUUUGUCCAAAUAAAGGCAUUUUUUUAAUUGCAAGGAAUUUUCAGUCACUGUCUGUGAUGGAAUGUGAUUGUAUAAAAAUAAAAACAGAGAAAGCAUGUUUAUUUAAUAUGUUUGCACAGCCCCAAGCCUCUUAUUUUAAAGUAUUAUACAAUAGACUGUAUUGCUUUCUAUGGGAUUUUUAAAACUUAACUUUAUUUUGUAUGUGUGGUUGUUUUGCCUGUGUAUUACUUGUGUUCCUGGUGCCCACAGAGGCCAGAAGAGGACAUUGAAUCCCCUGGAACUGGACUUACAGACAGUUGUAAGCCUCUUAACUCUUGGGCCAUAUACCCAGCCCAUUUUGUUUAGUUUUGUUGUAGUUUUUGUUUGUUUGUUUGUUUGUUUAAUUUUAGAGAUAGCAUGGGAACAUGUAGCCCAGUGUAGUCUCAAACUCAGUGAUCCUUCAGCCUUGGUCUCAUGGUGUAUGCCACUACACCCAGCUCAUUUUCUGUGAUUUAUGGUUUUUUUUUUUGUUAUGUGCAUUAGUUAUUUUUCUAUUGCUGUGAUAAAAUACCAAAAGUGGCUUAUGGGAGAAAGGAGUUAUUUUGGUUUGUAGUUCAAGAGGAAUGAGGAUUCAUCAUGGUGGGGAGAAAGGGCAGCAAGAACAGGAAGCUGAGCUGUCACAUCUUCAGUGGCAAACAAAGUAGAGGGAACAGACUGGAAUUGGGACAGAGAUAUAAGCUCUCAAACCCCACCGCAGCGGCAUACUUCAUUUAGCAAAUCUUCACAUUCCCAUACCACCAGCUGGGAAACAAGUAUUCAGAUGUAUGAGCCCAUGGACAACAUUUCUUACUCAUGCCACCUCAUUCCUCUCCCUGGCUCCCAGAGGCUCAUGGCCAUAUUAAAAUGCAAAAUGUGUUUAGUUCAACUUUAAAGGUUACCAUAAUUUUUCUCAGCCUUAACACUGUUUCAGAUUUCAAAAUCUAACAUCUCUUGUGAGACUCAAGGCAGUCUUUUAACUGUAGCCACCUAUAAAGUCUAAAAGCAAAUAGCAUUCUUCCAACAUACAAUGGCACAAAAUAAACAUUUUAAAAGGGAGGAAUGGCGGCCAUAGUGAGGAGAUGCUGGACUGCAGAAAGACUGAAACCUAGCAGGGCAGACCAGCAAAACCUGUAGCUCCAUGUCUGAUGUCUGAGACUUUUCUUUCAAUGGGCAUAGAUGCCUUAACCUCUCCAGCUUUGCUGCCUGCAACAACAGCCCACUCUCUAGGACUAAUUUCUAUAUUAGUUACUUUUCUGUUGCUGUGAUUAAGCACCAUGACCAGAAAGCAACUUGUAGAUGAAAGAGUUUAUUUUGGCUUACAGUUCCAGAGAGAUAAGAAAGAGACCAUUGAGGCAGGGGAAGCUUGGAAGCAAGAGCGGAAAGCUGAGAGGUCACAUCUUCCAUGGCAAACAUGAAGCAGACAGAGCAAAAUGGAAGUGGGGCAAGACUAUACACUCUCAAUGCCUGUCCCUGGUGAUGUAAUUCUUCCAGCAAAGUUGCAUGAUAACCUGUGCCAUAAGCUUCCCAACCAGCACCACCAACUGCUGAUCUUAGUUUCAAAUAUAUGCACUUAUGGGGGACCUUUCUCAUUCAAACCACUAUAUUAUAUAAGGAGAAACACAGUAAAUAUUUACUUUGUUUUCAUCAGUUGUUAAGUAUAAAUUAUUACAGUUUUUAUCCAGUAAUUUAAUUAUGAUUCUUCGUUAACCUUUUAAGACCUUUUAUUGACAAUUUAUUAAAUAACUAGGAAAAUUCUGCAACAUUAAUCUGAAAAAUUAAGACUUGUUUGUUUUUAAAUUUUCUUUCUGCAACAUAUUGCUACCAUGCCCAGCGUCCCCAGGAAGCUCUUUUUCCUGGCACCUUCUAGGCAAUUGGCCAUGUCAAGAUAAGGCUGAAUAUCUUCAGCUUCCUAGCCACCAGCUGUCAGAAACUCAUGGAAGUAGACAAGGACCACAAACAUUGUGCUUUAUAUAAGAUGUGCAUGGCCAAAGAUGUAGCUGCUGAUGCUCUGGGUGAAGAGUGGAGAGGUUAUGUAGUCUGAAUCUGUGAUGAGAAUGACAAACAAGGUUUCCCAAUGAAGCAAGACAUCUUGACCUAUGCCAGAGUGCUCCUGCUGUUGAGUAAAGGUCAUUCUUGUUGUAGGCCAGGGGGAACUAGAGAAAGAGCACAAAUCUGUUCAUGAAUGCAUUGUAGGUUGUUGUGGGGUAUUUUGAUCACACUCUGACACUCCUGAGACUGACAAUAAAGUUUACCUUGAAUCAGAGAGCAGAGCUAGCUACUAGCUGACCAGAAUUCGCCAUAGAGAUUUUGGAGGACACAGGACAUAUAGAGAGACACAGGAAAUAGUAGGGGGGGCUUAGAAAGAUUCACGGGUCAUUUUGGAUGUAAUAUCCUCAGGAAUAUUUAUAUUUUACCAAGCAAAGAUAAACACUUCAGCACUUGCCUGCAUUUUUGAUACUGCACUAUCAGUUGUGGCAAAGUAACACAAUUAUGUUUUAGCAAGUAUAGUGCUAAUUUAGGUUAAGCAUAUGUUUUCCCUUCUUUACUGAAAGACCAAUCCAUGAAAAAAAAUCUAGUAUAUCUUGAAAUUCAGUUAAAGAAUAAGACCCUGUGUUCUAUCCCCAGCACCACCAAAUGUUGUUUCCCUUAUAAAUCAUAAAGGUAUUCAAAAUGAUACCAUAGAGAUACUAUACUCAGCUGUUCAUAUAUGCUAUAUCUUAUACACAAGAGUGUAAGUGAAAAUUAUAUUUACUGGUUACUAGGUGAAGAACUUCUCUUGAUAAUUUUUAUUAAACGUUUUAACUUCCUAAUGUUUGAUUAUGAUUGUAGCCAUAAUAUAUAUUUUCAUUUUUAUUUGUAAUUGAUUUGUUUUUCUUAAAGUUUGUAUUGGAACACACUAUAUAACCGGAUAGGCUAAAGUAUCUAUGACAUAAAGAAUUUGUUUUCCAUUGGUGUGAAUUAAAUAGCUUUUGUUCUUUUAACUUGAAUAAAAAUCGUUAGAUUUCUUACUACGACUUAGCUCCACAGCUAACUGUUCAUUCUUUUAUGUUACAACCAUGUCAGAUUUGCCUUUUAAAAAUAUUAAUGUUGGGGCUGGGGAGUGAAGAGCUCAUACUACUGUUACUAGAGGACCUGAGUUUGUGUCUCAGUAGCUACAUCAGUCAGUUUCAGAGGAUCCAGUGGCCUUUCCUGGUCCCCUGCACUCAUUUAUACAGAUGCACACAGACUCACAUACACAUAAUGUAAAAAUAAAAACAUACCAGGCAUGGUGGCACAUAUCUUUAAUCCCAGUGAGUUCCAGGCCAGCCUGGUCAAUAUAGUGAGUUCCAGGCCAGGCAGAUAUAUAUAUAUAAAAUGAGGCCAUGUCUCAAAAAAUAUUUGGAAAACAUUGAUAAGGCAGGUAAGAUAGUUUAGUAGGUAUAGGCACUUACCACUAAGCCUGAUGACCUGAGUUUGGUCCCUGUGAGCCAUGUGGUGGACAUAGAGCUCCAACUCCACAGACUCUCCUCUGAUAUCCACACACAUUCUGUUGCAUGCACAUGUCCACUUAUGUACACACAAAUACAAUUAUUAAAAUUAAAUACAUUGAUGGACACUGUUUUACUUUUAUUCAUUCUUUUAUUAAAGUAAUAAAAAUGUACCUCUUAGAUUUUAUUCCUAAACCAAUAACCUCAGAGACUAUAGCAUAAUUUUACUUCUAAUUUGAUAAUGACUUCAAAAAUUUAUAACAUGUCAGACUAUACUAUCAUGAAAAGUAGAAUAAUGUGUUUUUGCAUUUGUAUGAAGUUUUAGUCCUCUAUAAAUCUCAUGUUCUUCUGAUGUGUUUCCUAAGCAUUUGAUGACAUCAUUUGGUUGAACAUACCAUACUCAAAUGUUCAAAACAUCCUGUUGCACUUUCACCCAUUGGAUAAAGAGACUGAUUUAAUUCUC